CUGAAGCUUGGGUAUACUUACGCCCACAGGCCUCAGUUCCUGACACAACUUUAAACGAGCAACAUGUCAUACAGGCCACCCGCACCCGGUUAUGGUGCCCCUCCCCCGGGCCAACAAGCAUAUGGUGCCCCACCUCCGGGCCAACAAGCUUACGGUGCCCCACCGCCGGGCCAACAAGCUUACGGUGCCCCUCCCCAAGGCCAACAACAAGCUUACGGCGCCCCUCAAGGUGCACAGCCCAGAUACGGAGCCCCGCCCCAGCAAGCUUAUGGAGCCCCACCCCCAGCAGGACAGCCCGGCUAUGGGGCUCCAGGCGCCCAACCAGGCUACGGGCAGCAGCCACAAAGAUAUGGUGCACCCGCUACUGCGCAACCCGGGUAUGGGGCGCAACCGGGAUACCGUGCCCCUGCUCCAGCCAGUCAGCCCGGAUAUGGGGCUCCUCAACAAGGGGGUUAUGGUCAGCAAGCCUAUGGUGCACCACCUGGUGGCGCUCCACCAGGUAUUGACCCGACAGUCUACCAGUGGUUCCAGUCAGUGGACAAUGACAAGUCCGGCAGUAUCACGUCCAAUGAGCUUCAGCAAGCUCUGAUGAAUGGCAACUGGUCGCACUUCAAUGGAGAGACGUGUCGAUUAAUGAUAGGAUUGUUUGACAAAAACAAUGAUGGAACAAUCAAUAUACAAGAGUUUGGUGCCUUGUGGGCGUACAUUCAGCAAUGGAGGGGUGUGUUUGACCGCUACGACCGGGAUAAAUCUGGAAAUAUUGAUGGAGGAGAGUUGUACACAGCCUUGAACGAGAUGGGAUUCCGCAUCAGUCAGAACUUCGUCCAGGUGCUCAUCUUGAAGUUUGACCGUCAGUCGAGGCGCUCCGUCAAGUUUGACGACUUCAUCCAGAUCUGCGUCUUGCUACGGUCACUCACCGAAGCCUUCAAGCAGAGAGACUCAAACCUCAACGGCAAGAUUACGAUCAACUACGAGGACUUCAUGUCGCUUGCUCUCGCUUAUAAACCUUGAUUUGAUGACUUUUUUGUUUCUCACUAACCACUUCAGACUUUCCUGGACUGGCGUACGCCCUCAAUCUUUAGCUACAUGUAGCAGCCGGACAUCUGACAAUAAUAUUCAUGUGGACAUGUCAUUGUGUAGCUUGUACAGGCUCCUACUUGCAGUGCUACGCUUUGUUUCAUGUGUAUAAAGAGGGACAGAAGCCACUGGCAAUCGUGCUCGUAAUCUCCCUUUGUCUGGGAGUGUGUAGUCCCCAAUUCCAGACCGUUAUCUUGUUGUACAGAUUUGGCAUUCUUGACUCUUAUAGGCUGCCAUCAUUUUUUAUCAUUGUAUUGGUUUUUUGGUAGAUAAGUCCGAGCGUAUCAAGUUUUCAGCAUCUUACGAGAAAUCUACAAAUAAUGGUGCUAGUGAUAAAAAGCUGUGUUAUUGCUCAGGUCAGGGUUUUUUCCUGUGACAAUGAUAUUUUCAAAGGAAUAUAAUUUCUCCAGAAGCUCCAAAAAGUUCUGAAAAUUAUAGCGUUGUUGGGCACAGACAAAUUUUCAUAAUACCAAAGUGAAGUGGUUAAUAACAUUAAUAAGGGAAUAAAUAAAUUAUGUGCUUGGCUGGUUUUAAACACUCUGUUUAAUACCGGUUGCAGUCUGGAUGCGAUAAUUACCCAACCGGAGGUAAUUGAGUAUUCACACCAACAUAAGAUGAGAGAUGCCUGACAAGGACGCAAGUGUCAUGAGCAGGCUGGAGUCAAACCCCUACUCUGAUUUCUCAGCCAUCAGGGCCCAAUUUCAUAGAGCUGCUAAGCACAAAAAUUUGCUUAGCAUGAAA